UAGAAAAACCGAAGCACAUCUGAUAAUGAACAUAUAGUUCUCAAAGGAAAUAUAAAAAAAUAAAACCAGAAAUUAAAAAUUUGAGUAAAAUUGAGUACGAUUUUAUCUAUGUUCUUGAAAAAUUAGUUAAAAUACAAUUUUUGACUUCAUAAGCCUAAAAUAUUGGAAUUGAAUGGCCGCGGAUUAAUAUCAAUUCAUCCCCGCGCCAGUGCAUGCAGAAUGCAAUUCCCAUAUGCAUCCUCGGCGCCGCCUCGCCAUAUUGUGUGUCGGAUCGGUCGCACAUGUUCAUAUCCAUUCAUUCAUUAAUCACGCGAGAGUGUUUCGGUGCCGUAGACUGUCUUGACUUGUCCUGCUCCUGACGAAUCUUCUAGAAGAGAAUUUUCGAGAAUUUGAAGAGUCAGUUUUAAUACAGAUCACAAAAAACCACCAUGUCAACUGAAACCAAACGUCCAGAAGAACCAAUGGAAGCUGAAGAGGCAGAGACCUUUGCCUUCCAGGCAGAGAUUGCUCAAUUGAUGAGCCUCAUCAUCAACACAUUCUACUCAAACAAGGAGAUCUUCCUUAGAGAGCUCAUUUCAAAUUCAUCUGAUGCCUUGGACAAGAUUCGCUACAAGUCUUUGACUGACCCCAGUGAGAUUGAAGCCGAAAAGGAUUUCUCUAUCAAGAUUAUUCCCAACAAAGAUGAGAAGACAAUGACUAUCAUCGACACAGGUAUUGGGAUGACCAAGGCUGACAUGAUCAACAACCUUGGAACUAUUGCCCGAUCUGGCACCAGGAACUUCAUGGAAGCCCUGCAGGCAGGAGCUGAUAUCUCCAUGAUCGGUCAAUUUGGUGUUGGAUUCUACUCUGCAUACCUUGUAGCUGAGACAGUAACUGUCUACUCAAAGAACAAUGAUGAUGAAACUUACAUGUGGCAAUCUAGUGCUGGUGGCUCUUUCACUGUUCAUAGAAUUCCAAACAGUGAUGACCUGAAGAGAGGAACCAAGAUUGUUCUAAGCAUGAAAGAGGACCAGACAGAAUAUCUAGAGGAAAAGAAAUUGAAAGAAAUCGUCAAGAAACACAGUCAGUUCAUCGGCUACCCUAUUGGUCUUCAGGUGGAAAAGGAACGUGAAAAGGAGAUCAGUGAUGAUGAAGAAGAAGAAGAAGAAAAGAAAGAAGAGGAAGAGAACAAGGAAAGUGAAGACGAGCCUAAGAUUGAAGAUCUGGGUGAUGAUGGUGAUGAAAAGAAGAAAGAUGAGAAGAAGAAGAAGAAGAUUAAGGAGAAGUACACUGAAGAUGAAAUCUUGAACAAGACCAAACCCAUCUGGACUAGGAACCCUGAUGACAUCAGUCAAGAAGAGUAUGGUGAAUUCUAUAAAUCACUCACCAAUGAUUGGGAAGACCAUUUAGCUGUCAAGCACUUCUCUGUUGAAGGACAGCUUGAGUUCCGAGCUCUUCUCUUCAUUCCUAAGCGUGCUCCAUUUGACAUGUUUGAAAACAAGAAAAAGAGGAACAACAUCAAGCUCUAUGUCAGGAGGGUAUUCAUUAUGGAAAACUGUGAAGAGCUCAUCCCUGAAUACCUCAAUUUCGUCAAGGGUGUUGUGGAUUCUGAGGAUCUUCCUCUUAAUAUUUCUCGCGAGAUGCUCCAGCAGAGCAAGAUCUUGAAGGUGAUCAGGAAGAACAUUGUCAAGAAGUGCAUGGAACUCUUCCUUGAACUCUCUGAGGACAAGGAAAAUUACAAUAAGCUGUAUGAACAAUUCUCCAAGAAUCUCAAGCUUGGAAUCCAUGAGGACUCACAGAACCGAAGCAAGAUCGCCGACUUCCUCAGAUACUACACUUCACAUUCUGGUGAUGACUUGACAACUCUCAAGGACUAUGUCUCUAGAAUGAAGGAAAACCAAACACAAAUCUACUACAUAACAGGUGAAUCAAAGGACAAGGUUGCCCAUUCAGCAUUUGUAGAACGUGUGAAGAAGCGUGGGUUUGAGGUUCUUUACAUGACUGAGCCUAUUGAUGAAUACUGUGUACAGCAGCUGAAGGAAUACGAUGGAAAGACCCUAGUCUCUGUCACAAAAGAAGGCCUGGAACUGCCGGAGGAUGAAGAAGAAAAGAAGAAGAGGGAAGAGGCAAAGGCAAAGUUUGAGAACCUCUGCAAAGUCGUCAAAGAAAUCCUUGACAAGAAGGUUGAGAAGGUUGUUGUGUCAAAUCGUCUAGUCUCAUCUCCUUGCUGUAUUGUUACCGGUCAAUAUGGAUGGACUGCUAACAUGGAGCGUAUCAUGAAGGCACAGGCACUCCGUGAUACAAGUACUAUGGGUUACAUGGCAGCCAAGAAACAUCUUGAAAUCAACCCAGAACAUCCUAUCAUUGAUACACUCAGACAGAAAGCUGAUGCUGAUAAGAACGAUAAGUCAGUGAAGGACUUGGUGAUGCUUCUUUAUGAAACCUCCCUCAUGGCAUCCGGAUUCUCAUUGGAAGAGCCUCAGACCCAUGCAUCACGCAUCUACAGGAUGAUCAAACUUGGUCUUGGAAUUGAUGAGGAUGAUGUACCUGAGGAAACAGCUGAUGAAGACAUGCCACCAUUGGAAGGAGAUGAUGAUGAUGCAUCCAGGAUGGAAGAAGUUGAUUAAAAACUGAACUGAACAUUAUACCAUCUUAGAAUGCGAGAACAUGACUAAUGUGAUUAGGAACAUUCUGCGAACUUUGUCAUAAUGAUCCUGUGAUAUGGACUGUGGGGGCGCAGGAAGUCUCUCCAAGUAUUUCUAAGAAAGACAGGAAGGGUGCAAGGAACUUCUGAUCUUGGGAGCCAUUAGCAUGGUCACUAUGUGAAUUGCAGUAAUCCAGGUAGCAAAUCAACAUUCACAUGUCUGCACCCCAAUAAUACUCUACUUCAAUCUGUUCUUUCUCCCCCACAAGAUCCUUCAUAAAGUGAAAGUAUUUCAAUUUGAUUCAUAAUUACCCUACUCUUUGGAAUCGAACUCUUGCUUAAUUCAUGUUACGUAAAUUGUUACAAUCUUUAAAUGGAACAUUUUCUAAAAAGUCUCUACCACUUUCACUGUAAUUUUACUCCAUUUUGAAGUCAAAAUUAAAAAUAUUUAAUAUACAUGUAUCAAGUUAAAGUAUUCUGGGUAAACCAUUUCAUUGCGACGGUUACAUAUACUUACGAAUCAUUUUCCAGUGAUCAUUACCAAAUAAAUAAUACCCAUCCUGAACUAUACGUAGCAUUUCCAUAUACUGCUUUAACAUUUUAAGAGAUAGCAAUGUGGAUGUCUAGCAUUUUGCCCCACCUAGGUAAAGCUUCAAUAUUAAGCAUUGUAUAGUCUUUAGUAAAUGCAGUAUUCAGAGUUAAAUAUGUCUGUGCUUGUAUCGUCUUUCUUGGAAUUACCUGUAAACUGAUGAAAAGCUUCAAAAGGUGAUUAGUGGUAUGCAGGUACAUGUAUUUAUAUUUAAAAAGGUUGCCUGAUCUAAUCAGACAAGUUUCCUAAUGGGGUAUGGUACUAGGGCUGCACAAUAUGACGAUAUAAAAACUAAAUGUCUUAACAAUAUUGUAUCCACAUUCAGUCACAUCUUGAAUCACACCAAAAAAAGUCUUCAUUUUUCUAGACAAAAAGAAAUCUUAAUUGGAAUGCUGCAAAUAUCAUUCCUCACCAAAGAAAAUGAACAUUUGAUGUUUAUGCAUGGCUUGGGAGACAGUAUAUCACCAUACAUUGUGAUAAUUGACACUCAAAUAUAUAAUAUCAUACAGCCCUUAAAAUACCAACAGGUGCAAUAUUGGUAUGGAGAAUAUGAUUGAAGCUAUGUUGGUUUUCAUCAGAUCAUUAAUGUGCAAGGUGGUUUGUGGUUAAUAUUAUAGCAUUAAUUAUGUUAAUAGAGUUUGUUCAAACUUUUCUAACGUAGCAAUAUCGCUUUUGCCAAUUUUCUUGAUUUAGUUCCAUAUUCACUAUUUAAUCCAUUUUAUUGCACCAGACCCGAGUUGCUUGUUGGUAAUCUAGCGUGAAAUCAAGAAUGUUGAUACAUAUGUAAAUCUGUUUCGUGUAUUUUUUGUUUUGUACCAUGAAAAUAAAGUUAUCCUUCAAUUUA